AGCUCGGUCGGUCUUGCUUGAUUUGAUUCUAGAGCUGGUUGCCUUGCCUUGCCUUGCCUUGUGCUUAUCUCAUUCAGAUUCAAGUAAUUUUACUUUUAAGUAAAGUGCCAUCAGAUCGUCGGUGUCAAACUGUUUUAACCCAUUUUCUACCCUGAUCCAUAGUGCAUACAGUCAGUAGAACUACAAACUAGGAAGUAGGUAUACCGAGCGAGAACGAGAAGCCAUAUAGAUAAGAACAAUGGAGGAUAGCUUGUAUUUAAGUGGUUGUCCAAGUGAUACCUGCUUCACAUCGACAGGUGACCUUCGGGAAGAGGAUUCAUUUAAAAUCCUGAUCGCAUCUGAUAUUCAUCUCGGAUUUUGCGACAAUAAUCCAGCAAGAGAGAAUGACAGCUUUGUGACGUUCGAAGAGAUUCUUCAAGUUGGUAGAGAUGAAAAUGUGGACUUUGUACUGCUGGGUGGAGAUCUCUUCCACGAGAAUAAACCAAAACCAGCCACCUUGCAACGGGCAAUCGAAAUCUUGCGGAAAUAUUGUUUGGGGAAUAAACCCGUUGAGUUUGAGUAUUUGGGGGAUCCCAGCGUUGAUUUUCCCAAUCAGGAUGAACCAGAAGUAAAUUUUAUGAAUCCUGACAUCAAUAUUGCAAUGCCAGUUUUCACAAUUCAUGGGAACCAUGAUGACCCAGUUGGUACAAAGAAAACCAGUGCUGUGGAUCACUUGGUGGCCGCAAAGUUAUUGAACCACUUUGGCCAGUGGGAUGACUUAAACGAGAUCAACGUGAAGGCUGUCCCUUUUAUCAAGGGCAAUACAAAGCUGGCACUUUUUGGUCUUGGGAACCUGAAAGAUGAGCGACUCUAUCGGCUCAUUCGGGACAAUCAUGUGAAAUUUAUCAGACCGAAGGAAACCAACAAUGAAUGGUUUAACAUCUUUGUGCUCCAUCAAAACCGAGCAGCACACGGUCCUAAGAAUUAUAUUCCAGAAAGUUUCAUUCCCUACUUUUUCGACCUCGCCAUCUGGGGUCAUGAACACGAAUGUCGAAUUGAUCCAGAGCCAACGACUGGGGAAGGUAACACGUAUAUUAUUCAGCCCGGCAGUCCUGUCGCCACAUCCCUCUGCCCCGGAGAAGCCAGAGAAAAGCAUGUAGGAAUUCUGAGCUUGAAUAAACGCCGAUUUAAACUACAGAAGAGGAAACUGGAAACUGUUCGGCCCAUGAUGUUGGCGGAUUUCGAUUUACGUGACAUCCUUCCUACACUAGUAAUUGGGAAGGACAAGGAGCUCGCUCAAGCAGUUGAAGCUUAUAUUGAAUCUGAAGUGGAAAAGUUGAUUGAAGACGCGGCUGAACUUCACACAGGAAACCCUCUUCAGCCUACGGAACCAUUAGUUAGAGUUCGCAUUUUUCAUGAAAAUAAUCCAGAAACUUUUCAGCAAGUUAGGUUUGCACAAAAAUUCACAGGAAGAAUAGUCAACGAGGACAUUGUCAUGUUCAAAAAGGCUCCCAGUACUCGAACCGGAACAACUCAGAUGGAUUUUGGUGAUAUGGAAAAUGAGUUUCGACAACGUGACAAGGGUCCCGAUUUGGAUUCUCAUGUCGAAGCUAUCGUGGAAACUUUUUUUAAAAAUGCCAGAGAGAAUGGAGAUUCGGAAAACAUAUUAGAAAUACUGUCAGAACGAGGCCUGUCUGAAGCGGUCAAAGCCAGCGUGGAGAAGGAUGACAAGGAAGCAAUCAGUCUGGUAGUAGAUCAGCAACUGGAGGCAGUUUGCAGAUCAUUGAUUAGGAAGGAGGUCACAGAUGAGGAUUUUGAAGAACAACUUGAAAAUUUCAGAAAAGAGCGAUUGUCUAAACCUGAGGAAGAUGGACAGGAUGCUUUCAAUCUCCUGCGAAGUCGUCCCACAAAAAAAUCUAAUCGCAGAGAUGACGAUAGUGGGGGCGAGAUUGAAGAUGAUGAGGAAGACGAGGAACCAUUUAUCGAGGAUUUUGAUGAUGAGGAUGAUGAUGAUGACCAGCGAUCCAUUGUUAGACCCGCACCUCGGGGUAAGACGGCUUCCAAGAGUCGAGCAAAUGGUGCUUCAAGCAGUAGAGGGCGAGGAGGCCGGGGAAGGGGCAAGAACAUUUCUAACGAUGACAGUGAUUCUCCCGGCGCAGUCAGGGGCGGUCGAGGAUCUCGCAGCAGGGGUGGUCCUACAUCAUCCCGAGGGCGAGGACGAGGUGGUAAAAAAGCGGAUGCCGUUUCUCCAGCCGGUAGAAUGGUUCAGACCACUCUCAACGUCCACAUUCGAAAGUCGCCAAGGAAAGGUGGCAUGGUCUUUGAUGUCUCGGAUAGCGAUUAAUCCCAUUUAUUUAGAACAUAUACUUUUCUUUUAAACAACCAGUUUUCUGUUACUUGUUUCGGAACUCGCUUUCUUAUGCUUAGAACCCAAUCGUUUCCCCUUUUAUACACCUACAGUUUAUGAAUACUUUUUUUCGAACAAAACAUGGGUAUGCUAAUUUCAGUAUUAUUGUAAAUAAAAUGUCGUGUAGCAUGAAUCCAUUCAAAUAAUUGUUUUUUUUGUAUUAAAAAAAUACGUUUGGAAA